AUGGGUUUCCUCAGCCACCGUCGGCGCAAUGUCGAGGUCUUGCCCGAACAGAAGUGGGAUUUCAUUAGCCUCAAUGACUUCAAGCACACUUCGAUGGGUCAACCCUUCGCCUAUGCCUUCCUCUGGUUCAGUUUGAUCCUGUCAGUUGUUGUCUACGCCGUCGAUAUCUUUACCGCCUACCAGUUGCUGGCCCUCAACAAGUUCACAUCACAGAUCGAGCCGGAUGAGAUACCCUUUGAUAUCGCAAAGUGGAUUUUCAGCAUCUGUAUCAUUCUCUCGGUUGUGAACCUUGCCUAUGAGUAUUGGCGUGCCAUUACCAUCAUGCGACGUGGUAGUGUGGCCGAGUGCUUCCUCGACAGCCUGGCAGCUCGCCUCGAGUCCAUGCGGCUAGGAAGUGGGCAGGGUUGGAAGCGCUUCCUCGUCUUCGCGGAGCUGACCAGAAGUAAGAAAGGCAUCGAGUACAUUGCACUCUUUACUUUCUUCAGCUUCCAAUCCUGGAUCCGCGUGCUCUUCUGCGCCGGCCCGCGUCAGGUUAUCAAUGGAUUUACCAUCUAUUCGUUUUACAACAAGAAGCUUCAGAUCGACUCCUCCAGUUUCGAGGCGGGCCUUUCGAGUUUCUUUGAUAAGAUCAGGGCUCUUGCGACCCAGGAACCUCGGCAAGCCGUUACUUUGUGUGGCAUGCUUUUUACUCUGAUCGUGUGGCUCUUCUCCUUCUUAUCGCUGCUCCUGGCCGCCUUCUUUUUUGUCUUCUUCCUAUGGCACUUUAUCCCCCGCGAAGAUGGCGGCUUGACUGGGUUCUGUGAGAGGAAGGUCAACAAGCGUCUCAAGCAAAUCGUCGCCAAGAAGAUCAACACUGCAAUGGCCGAAGAAGAGCGCAAACGCCGCAAGGAAGCUCUUAAGGCAGCAAAGAAGAAGGGCGAGGACAGGCCAGUUACCAUGAAGCCUUCAUUGCCUGUGCUUAAGGACGAUGAUCUUCCCUCGAUGCCAUCCAUUUCGCGAACUGAGACUUUCGCUUCAUUCUCCGAGAAGGCGUCUCGUCCGACGACCCCUGGCAACUUUGAGAUGAGCCCGAUCACUCAAAGACCACCGAUGCCAUCGCGAACCGCGACGACCGCAACUGCUGGGUCUUCUUCGACUUACUCUUCUCAGGCGCCACUCCUCAGCAAUGCUGCUGAGAUGGGCACAAGCCGUCCGCCAGGCCGCACCGAAUCCCCUGCUCCGUCGAUGCCAUCUGUUGCUGCCAGCAGAUACCCUCCGUCUCGGGUUCCAACCAAUGCAUCCAACUAUCCGCCGUCUCGUGCUGCAACUCCUGCAUCUAACGGACAGUCCCGGUCCAACCCCCAACCCCAACGGAUGAUGUCGAAUGCCUCGUCCAUGGUUCCACGAUAUACGGAAAGUCCUGCGCCAUACUCCAAUGAACCGAUACCGUCUCGUCCGCCACCUGCUUUGUCAUCUGCUGGUCCUUUAGGUCAGUAUAGGGGGCCAGUGGGGCCGAAUCCGAGAUGGGGACCAAACAACUCUGGUAGGCGACCAGCCAUGGAUCAGUACCAAGGCUCGAACCAGCCCGGACGCAGACCAACAAUGGAUCAGUAUCAAGGACCAGUCCAAGACGGCAGCAGGCCAACAAUGGAUCAAUAUCGGGGCCCUAGCCAAUACGGGAGGAGGCCGACAAUGGACCAGUUCCAGAACCACGACCCGUAUGGCCAGAGACCAACGAUGGAUGAAUACCAGAAUUCCACUUGGGAUGAAGGCAGGCCGACUAUGGAUGGCUAUGGAUUCUUAGACCCACCAAUGUCUCCUCUUGGUGACAGGCAGCCAACCCUGCCAAAUUUGGAGGGUGGGCCUUUCAGCCAGACGUCACACAACCAAUGGCCCAGCGCAGUUGACAGGGAGCCCAAGCUGCCGAAUCUCGAGGAACUUUCACGGCCAGGAACAGCAUGGGACCAAGAACUUACUUCUCAGAGCAGUAGACCUACCUUUGAUAACUAUUCCAACGCGCGCGCUAGUCCCGCACCGUCACGAUUCAUGCCUCAGGAUAACAACAAGUCGCCUUUUGAGACUUCUGAUGAUAGUCGGGCUAGUCCGGCGUCAUCAAACCUCAAUGCCCAAGCCCAAGGUAAUGACCGCACAGCUUCUGAUGAUUACACCACCGGCCGGUCCAGUCCGGCACCAUCAACCUUCAAUCCCCAAGAUAAUAGUCGAUCUCCUUUAAACACCAACACUAAUGGACGGGCCAGUCCCGCCCCCUCAUAUUUCAACCCCCAAGCGCAAAGUCUUGAUAGCAGCAGGCGACCUUUUGAUGCCUCAGGCGGCCGUGCCAGCCCCGUGCCGUCGAUGUCAAGUUCACGCUACACGCGCGAUGGUCUUCGUUCGCUGCCUUCGAGGCGUGGCUCCGACGAAGAUCGCUUCCGGCCGAUGCUGCGAAGUAACACAGCUCUUCCAUCUCCUAGCUCGGAACCCCGGUUUGCGCCACCAGCCAGAUCCUUGACGGCGCCGGUGUCGCCAACCUCAACACAGCAGUCUCAACUGUUGCACCAUCGGCAACAGUCGAGUGACAGUGGCAGUUCGCUGAUGGGCGCGGUGCUCGCGGCUGCAGACGGGGCUUUGCGCAAAGAAUCGUCAUCGAAUUCUGGCCAGAAUCAAACUCAGAACCAAAACCAAAAUCCACAUGCAAUGACAGCGAGCAACAGCAACAUUGACAAUAUCCCCAGCAGUAGCAGGGGGGGCUCGCGGGCGGGAGGGGCGGGCAGUGGGACUUGGGAUGGGAAUGACAGGAACGGGAAUGGAAAUGGGUGGGACCAGGACUUGGAGAGGGGCCCUCGCUACUACUAG